GAUUGCACAAGACGUGAGUGAGCUGGGAGCGAUCCGCGUUGUAGAGGACACCACUGAACUGCAAUCACCUUCAGAGAUACACUGCAAGAGGAAAAUGCCUGAAGCUCAAAGACUAACAUUGACUGUGAACGAAGACGAAACUCAUUCCAAACCCUGCCCUCACUGCAAGCUGCCUUUCACUGGAGACCUCAAAAAACACAUCCGAGACACGCACCCGGGCCAACCCCCCCCGCGCCCCCACAGCUGUCCUGACUGCGGGAGAGCUUUCCGCUUCUCGGGGGACCUUAAAAAACACGGGCGAAUCCACACAGGGGAGACGCCCUAUCACUGCUCUGAAUGCAGCAAGAGCUUCAGGUACUCCAACGCCCUCAAAAGACACCAGCGCAUUCACUCAGGAGAAGCCCCUUACCGGUGCCCCGCAUGUGGGGAGCGAUUCAGACAACCGGGGGAUCUUAAAUCUCACCAGCGGAUUCACACAGGAGAGAGGCCGUAUCACUGCAGUGAAUGCGAUAAGAGUUUCAAACAGCCGGGACACCUUCAACAACACCGGAGACUUCACAGAGACGCGACCCCCUUUCGGUGCCCCGACUGUGGGAAGAGUUUUAAGCAGCCCGGCGCUUUGCAAUCUCACCUGGUCGUUCACACAGGGGGAAAACCGUAUCGCUGCUCUGAAUGCGGGAAGAGUUUUCGAAGAUCUGCGGCCCUGAAGUUCCACCAAAGACUUCACAAGGGAGAUUCCAUUCACACCUGCCCUGAGUGUGGGAAGAGUUUCAAGCAGGCGGAGUAUUUAGUCAAGCACCGUCGAAUCCACACUGCCGACACCUUGUAUCAAUGUCCUGAAUGCCAGAGAGGCUUCGUUCGGCUGGAUCACCUCAGAAGCCACCAGCGAAUUCACACAGGAGAGACUCCGUAUCACUGCGCGGAUUGUGGCAAGAGUUUCAAGCAGUCUGGGGACCUGAAAAAACACUGUCGCGUUCACACAGGAGAGAAACCGUAUCAGUGCAAUGAAUGUGGCAAGAGUUUCAAGCAGUCGGGGGCUCUGAAAUUACACCGGCGGAUUCAUGAAGAAGAGGCCUCGUAUAUUUGUAGUCAAUGCGGGAAAUGUUUCAAGCAAGUGGAGUAUCUUAAGAGACACUGGAGGCUUCAUACUGCACCAAAAGACAGCCCUGGAGAUGCAACAGGAAGUUAAGGAAGAGUGCUGAAAAAGAUCUCCUGUCAUGGUUUAAUAAAACUUUAAAAAUCAAGUUUUUUUAUGUUAACAUUUUAAAUAGGUGCCAAUUGGCAACCAAUUUCCUAUAUGAAUAGCAGGCAAUUGAGAGCAAUGUAUUAAAAAAAACUAAAAAAUGUGAGUCUUGUGUACUGUGUGUACACGGGCGCUGGAACUAGGGGUGCUGGGGGUGCGCUACCAUGGUUUUGCAUGGCUUCUAUCAUAUACAGGGGUUACAGUUUUGUUCAAUGGCUUUCAGCACUCCCACUAUAAAAAUGGUUCCAGCGCCACUGCAAUAAAGAAAGUCACCGCCUGUCCAGCGAGUCAGAAAAUACCAGUGCAGUUGGACCAGUGGCUCCCUAGAUACAUUGGAAUUAUAGACCCAUUGUGAUAUAAAUUACCUGUGUUUCCUUCGAAAGAUAAGUGAUUCUUUAGAUAUAUAUGUAAAACUCGAAAUAGGACACAACUACUGUGGUGCGUGUCCUAUUUAAGAAAGUGAGCGGUCUAUUUCAUAAACAGAUUCAGUGCUUGAAUGAAGGCCUUGUGGCUGUGUACUGUAUGCUGGGCCUCAGGACUGGAUAUGUACAUGCUGUGUGAGGAGAAUUCAAAUACAUUUGCUGUACUGUGUAAUAUUUUGCUUCAUGGUAUUGUAUGUGUGUCCAGAUAUGGCAUGUUAAGAUCAUGCAUUUUUAAGGUCAGGGUUUUGUCUUGCUGUUUGGGAUGGAUCUAUAGUCUUCUCCAUUACCUGUGUUGUCCAGCCAACCUCUUCACUGCCACACAAAGGUUAUUAUUAUUAUUUGUUUAUUUAGCAGACGCCUUUAUCCAAGGCGACUUACAGAGACUAGGGUGUGUGAACUAUGCAUCAGCUGCAGAGUCACUUACAAUUACGUCUCACCCGAAAGACGGAGCACAGGGCAGGAAACAAUGACUGCAUCUGAACUCUCUAAAAUCACAACAUUUGAUUAAUUACAAUAACAGUCACUUUGAGUGAUUGUAGGUAUCAUAAAAAGGAACAGUACAAAAAAAAUACUUAAUGCCAAGGUGUUUUUUGCGAUACCUUUCUCUUCUUCAGGUAAGAAUUGGUACUGGAGGUAAAUAUACUGUCAAUUCAGCCUCAAAUUACAAACUCAGACGGUUGUCACCGUUACCUGCUACACGUGCAGUAGUCUGACAUGCGCUAGAUGGCGAGAAUAAUCUACUGUUACUGUAAAGACUUGAGAUCGCCAUUUUAAAACCAAGAUUGAUUGAUACCGAGAUGCAGAAGGGGCGGGUUUAAAAAACACACAUUGUUCCGGAAGGAGAGAGAGGACAGCAGCUAAACAAAGUGGUGCUACACGUUUUGUUUCGAAAUCUCCAAAUGAUGAGAUUUAAUGUUAUUAAACUCAGUAGUGUAUAUACAUUAGUGUAGGAAGCCUGGAGUGCAGGAUACACGGAAUACACAAAGGCUCUCUGCUGAAACGCGUAUACAAGGAAUCUUGCAGCGGUGCGAAGGCGCUGUAAAGGUACAAAGGAUGGAGCCUGACCAGAUUGCUGAAGAUGUCAGUGAGCGAGGAUCUGCCCAGAGGGUAGAAAAGUGUGCAGAACUGGGAUCUAACCACAGUACAGAGGACUCUGACAAGGGUGCAAAGGACACUGCUGAGCACAACGAACAGAAAAGCAACGACCAGCAAGCUGUCCGUUUUAAAGAAGAAGUCAUUGACCAGGAACUGGAGCCUGCUAAAAUAAAAGAGACAAAAAACACCAACAAAAAGGCAUCCAAAGAAAGCCCCUCGAGCGACACCCUGUACAUCUGCACUGAAUGUGGGAAGAGUUUCAACCAGCUGCAGACCCUGAAAAGACACAUCCGCACCCACGCUGCCCACACGUCCUAUCAGUGCUCAGAGUGCGACCAGAGCUUCAGCCAGCUGGUGAAGUUCAAUGCCCACAUGCGCUCUCACACGGGAGAACUGCCCUAUUACUGCGGAGACUGUGGGAAGGGGUUCAAAAACUUGGGGAACCUGAAAUCCCACCAGCGCACGCACACGGGCGAGAUGCCCUAUCACUGCACGGAAUGCGGGAAGAGGUUCAAAAACACAGGCAACCUGCGCUCCCACCUGCGAAUCCACACCGGAGAGAAACCGUACCACUGCUCCGAGUGCGGCAAGAACUUCAAAAACCUGGGGAACUUUAAGACCCACCAGUACAUUCACACAGGAGAGUCUCCUUUCCACUGCUCCGACUGCGGGAAGAGUUUCAAACACCUGGGCAAUCUGAAAACGCACCAGCGCGUUCACACAGGAGAGAAGCCGUAUCACUGCACGGAGUGCGACAGGAGCUUCAAGCAGUCCGGAGACCUCAAGGCUCACGUGCGCAUUCACACGGGGGAGACCCCCUUCAGCUGCAGCGAGUGCGGGAAGAGUUUCAAUCGGGUGGUGACCCUCAAAGCCCACCAGAGGAUUCACACCGGAGAGAGGCCAUAUCUGUGCUCCGAAUGUGGGAAGAGUUUCAAAGAGUCGGGGGCUCUGACCAAACACCAGCGCAUUCACAGAUGAGGUGUUCACUGUGUCGAAUGUGGACGUUGCUGUGGCUCAAAAUAAGUUUUGAACUGGCCUUUGCUGGUGGGCAUUUGUUACCUGUGUUUCAAACUUGCUUACUACUGUGCAGCUAUGGCCAAAAGUUUGGCAUCACCCUAUAGAAUUAACUAACGUUGCUUCAUAAAGUUGAAUGAAACCUGCUGAAUAAUGUUACUUUAACAGAUUGAAUUACGUACAGCUUUGUAGUUUUCCAUAUACUUAGCAAAAUUGAAAAAUGUGACAUCGAAAUCUAACAUGAAAUACUGUACUACUAUUAUGGCUUCCGGUAGAUUUUUGUGAUUCUUUUUUGUUUCUUUGCUUACAUUUUGUUAAAUAAAAUAUAUAAAUUA